UUUUUUCAUAUAUUAAUCAGAGAGAAUCAUGAGAGAUCAUAAGGAAAGGUUUGUACUGCUUCCAUUUCCAAUGGGAUGUGGUACUGAGUCAAGCGUUGCAGUAGGCAAGUGUAAUCAGCCCAAGAAGCAGAAACACUCAUCACAGAAGAUUCUUCUUCCUCCAACAACAACAAGAAGCAACGAAGAAAAAGAGAUUCUCCAAAACAAAGAAGAAAAAGAGACCAAAUCAAGAGGAAAAGGGAAAAAGUUAAGGGCUUUCUUAGCUCUUCCAAAAUCUGGCCUCUCGAAAGGAGUCAAUAAAUUGAUGAAGCGGUUGGAAAAUAUUUCUAGGUUGCUUGUUGACAAUGAUGAAGAUGAGGAAAUUGAAAAAGAAAUGGAGAUAGGGUUGCCAACAGAUGUGAAGCAUGUUACACACAUAGGGUGGGAUGGAUCCACCACAAUCAACCCUAUCAAAGGAUGGGAAAACAAUCAACCCUAUCAAAGGAUGGGAAAAUCUGGAAGCUCCUGA